AAGGUGUGACAGGUGACAUCUCUGGCAUAAAGCAAGGACAAAAGGGGACAGGUCCUAGGUAGAAAGUUAGGUAAAAUAAAGAAGGUAACAAUAAAGCUAAGAAGGCUUGUGAAUACUUUUUAGGUCGACUCACAUGCUGAAUUAAAACACAUGCCGGGAACUGAAUAAUAAAAGGACUUUAAUUUGAAGAAGAAAUUGACACCGAAGGAAAGGACGACCAAGGGCAAAGACUCAAGCAGCGUGUUGGAGAGGUGAGAACCAAUUUACCUUCACAAUGUCUUCAUUUGAGGCCCAGGGCCAGUCCCCUCCUCGGUGUGGGCCGCAGUUCCCUAGCCUUGGCCAGGAGCCACCUGAGCUCAGCAUGUACAGUGAUUGUUACUACCCUCCUCCCUCACUGCCGAGCCCACAGCGCACCACCCCGUCCUCCUAUGACCUGGGCGACUAUACCACCAUGUCCCCCAAUCCCUACCUCUGGUUCAACGGUUCUGGGAUCAACACGCCUCCUUACCUGGCUGCCACUGGCCCACCAGGAAAUCCCGGACCCCCCUUUGUCCCGCAACACUAUGGCAUGCAGAGGCCUUACCUUGGCCCGACUGGAGCUGGAGGACCAGGAGGGGAACUGAGUUGGUUCUCCCUGCCCUCUCAAGAAGACCUGAUGAAGCUGGUCAGACCCCCUUACUCAUACUCCGCUCUCAUCGCCAUGGCCAUCCACGGCGCCCCAGACAGGAGGCUGACACUGAGCCAAAUUUACCAAUAUGUGGCUGACAAUUUCCCGUUCUACAACAAGAGCAAAGCUGGCUGGCAGAACUCCAUUAGGCACAACCUGUCUCUCAAUGACUGUUUCAAAAAAGUACCAAGAGAUGAGGAUGAUCCAGGGAAGGGCAACUACUGGACGCUAGACCCAAACUGUGAGAAGAUGUUUGACAAUGGAAACUUCCGCCGCAAAAGGAAGAGGAAGUCUGAUUCCCUCUCUGGUGGAGAAGGGGGUUCAGGGGGUCCUGAGUCAGGUGACAGUGAGAGAGGCAGCCCCAAGCAUGCUGGCAACCCUGCUCUCGACAUUAACUCCACGCCAGACAGGAUUCCCUCCCCGUCAUCCUCAAGUCCCUGCCUCAGCAGCUUCUUAUCUGAGAUGUCUGGGGUGACAGCUGGAGCAGCCAGUGAGGUUGGAGGAGAUGGGUUAAGCAGGCCGCUGCAGAUCAACCUUCCCAUGGAUGGGCCUCAGAGGCCCACACAGCCUGGAAGCUUUGGUAGUUACUCCCCCAGCUCAGGUGGGCCAGAGUGGGCAUCACCGCUGCCGCCUCCACCUGCACUGUCCUCUUCACCCAACCACUCCUCCCUGGGGUACAGCAGCCCCAUCCUCAGCCAGUUCAAUGGGCAUUUCUACCCUGGACUGGGAUCAACAGGGAUCCUCUACCCUCGUGAGGGCACAGAGGUUUGAGAGACUUUGUUUAAAGAGACUACAAGAGACUUGCAGCAUGAAAAUUUGCCCGUCUGAUCAGUUCUGUGAUGGUUAUACUGUUGUCAGAGAAAUAAAGCUAACACUGCUUAAACACACACAACAACACAGAUAGUCUGUUUGCGCUGACUGAGACAGUUGAGAUCACUAUAGCGUGUGACAGUGAAGUAAAAAGACACUGAUUCCCACAGGAAAAGCUGAGUCAGCUGCAAUGCAUUACAACUGACACUGCCUAAAAGCCCAGUCUGCUUCUCAUAUCAGGUCCUCAAUCAGCUUUCAUUCUGGCUAAACCUUGUCUCUAUCAGAUCUGACUCAUUAUUAACAGAUCCCUGAUCAGAUCUCCUGCUGACAUCAGGCCAUUCCACACUGCUAUCUACGGUUCUUUGAUAGUAUCACCUACACAAAGCUCAGACAGCACAUUUGGAAGGGUAGUUAAAUUACAUAUUAGUCUACAGAGUCUAUGUUCACUGCCCUUAUAGAAUCAGCAAAAGAUGAAAGAGAAUUUCUCUUCCAGCCUCUUCAGUCAUGACCGAAGAGAAGCAAUCUGAUAACCUUGAAAUCUCCGAGUCUGAUACACAAGUGGUGGUUGUAUUUCAUUUUGUAAAUAUGUCUAUGUGUUGUGUAAUGUUUAUUCAUACAUUUAUAUGUUUGGUUUGUUGGUAAAAA